UCAUGCUGCUGCCAGGUCCACAGUGUCUCAUGGGUCCCUGUACGGCCUCCCAUUGCUGCUGUCUCCAUCGCCACACUCUGCCAUGUGCCACUUUCAGGUCUCCUCACACUGCUGGUGUGUUCCAUUUUUUGUCAUAGGGUGCUGGCAGAUUACGGGCCUCCCAUUGCUGCUGCCAGGCCCGUAAUCUGCCAUGGGCCCCCCGUACCGCCUCCUCAUGCUGCUGCCAGGUCCAGAGUGUCUCAUGGGUCCCUGUACGGCCUCCCAUUGCUGCUGUCUCCAUCGCCACACACUCUGCCAUGUGCCACUUUCAGGUCUCCUCACACUGCUGCUGUGUGUUCCAUUUUUUGU